AUGUAUCUCACAUGUUGCAAUAACUUCUGCGAUAUUGUUAUCCCGUCACUUCUCUUUGGCACCAUCAACUCGCUCAUAGCACCUCGUCUCUGCAUGGGACCCGCUCUCUCAUGGCCUCAGAUCCUCGCCGUGAUCCCAUGGAUGUUUCUGUGGUCCUGGACAAAUUUGUUCAUGUUUUGCCUCCAUAACCAGCGACAGCCUGAUAAUAUUGCCGAGGAUGCCGUCAACAAGCCUUGGCGCCCGAUACCCUCGGGCCGUCUCACUGCGGAGCAAGCUCGCCUACUUCUCUGGAUACUUCACCCGCUCUGUCUCGCCCUGGCUUUAUGGCUGGGUGGGUUCGUGCCGUACGUGGUCUUGACCUUGUUUGGCAUUUGGUACAAUGAGCUUGGUGGAGCCGACAGCGGGAUACUUAAAAACAUGAUCAACGGCGUCGGACUCGGCUGCUCCUUUGCCGGCCCCCUUGAGGUGGCCACUGGACACUCCAUCUUCUCUGGAGACGCCGAUGCCGCGUUCUGGACCGGUAUCCUCAUGGCCACCUUUGCCACGUCGUCACAUCUGCAGGACUUUCGGGACAUGGCCGGCGAUAAGCUGGCGGGGCGCAAGACCAUCCCGCUCAUGAUGGGAGACUUGCCCGCUCGUGUGUCCGUCGUUGCAGGUCUUGCACUCUGGACUGAAGUGGCUUCGCGCUUCUGGAGUCUGGAAUGGGUCGCGAGGGCGUUGCCCUUGGCUGCAGAGCUUACACUGUCGGCGAAUCUCUUCUUGGACCGGUCCCAACCGGGCGAUUCUCGCUCCUGGAGGUUAUGGUCAGUCUGGGUCGCGACCCUCAUGGCAAUGCCACUCAUGUCGGAGUAA